UACAAAAAAUCCCAUUAUUGUUACUAAAAAUAACUUUGCUGAAUAAGCAAUAUUAAAAUAAUAUAAAAGAGACUUCCUCAAACUGCGAAGCAGUUCCGCCCAGACCGUCAUACAGAACAUUAGUUCCGCCCAGACUGUCGUAUAGAACGUUAAUUCCGCUUAAGUAAUCAUACCACACGUAUCACAUAUUGUAAUUCAUACGUAUAGUAGCUCUAAGUACCAGUUAAGUGUAAAAGUGACCUGUAACCAUAACCAGUAAUAAAUCAAGUUAAGUUAAGUGCACAGUUUCAAUUCCAACGACCAUUCGACGAGUUUUGGUGUCUUCUCUAAAAAGCCACCUGGUGUCAGAAGAACCUUUUUAAAAACCCAAAAGUUCGCAGCAGGAAUACGACACGAAUUUUUGGUGUCAGAAGUGGGAUUAAUCAAAAAGAAAGUUGAUCAGGGAUUAACCACAAAGUUGAUCACCCAGAGGUACCCAACAACCCCAAGAGGGACAACAAAACAAAACCAACCCCAAGAGGGACAACAAAUAAUCAGCCCACAAAGGGACAACAAGGGAUCGCCGGAUAGGGAUCACCUCAACGCAACAAGGGGUCACCAGAAAAAGGGACCACCACAAUUCAACAAGGGAUCGCCAGAAAGGGAUCACCAAAGAAUCAAUCCAAGGGUAACCUAGAGCCAGAGCCAAAGCCAGAGCCAGAGGGAUCAACACCAAUCAACCAGAACUUCCGGACGCAAAGUCAGAGGAGCACCUCGACGGAAGGCCCCACCCAAACACCGCAACCAAAAAAGACGAAAAUUCCCAAAAUGGACAUAAUCAAGAUAUUACCAUUAACGACCCUUCUAUUGAUGACCCAGGGCCUAGCAACCGAAUAUAAAGUAACUCCAAUUCCUUCAUCCUCAGGAAUCAUAUUUCAUAACUUAGGCUUAGCAAAAAUAUCUAAUGAACAUUUCACUCUUUUAUCCUAUAUUAACCUUACACAUAUAGAGGAGAAAGUACAAGUAAUUAAAGAUUUUUAUUCAAUAACACUCAGUACGUGUCACAUCGCAAUUAACGAUCAAUUGGCUAAUGAAUGUUUUAAUCAAAUGAAAUAUAUUCAAAAAAAGUUGGAAACUAUUCAAAAAUCAUUCAAUAUAAUUACUCAUAAAAUCAAUGUUAUAUCUAGAAGAAAACGAAGAGGAUUAAUGAAUGCCGUUGGCACGGGAAUUAAAUGGUUAUUUGGAAACCCAGACAGUGACGAUGCACAAUUUUAUUCUGAUUCCAUAAACUCGUUAAUUAAUAAUGAAAAACAAACCGAAGUUUUAAUGCAACAGCAAGUUAAUGUUAUUUCCGAUACCAUAACAAAUUUCAAUAAUUCACUCACUAGAAUGAAUGAAAAUAUUAAUAUUCUGAAUAAAAAUUUGAAAAGUUUCAAUAAAUUUCAACAAGAUAUGAUAACUAGUAAAAACAGUUUUGAAGUCGAAAUAGGAUUAUCCAACCACAUUAUUUUACUUAUCGAAAUGACAGAUGAGUUAACCAAUCAGUUGAAUGAAUACGUGAAUGAUAUUUCUCUUAUUUCAAAUAAUAUCAUCAGUUACAAUAUUUUACCACCAGAAACUCUUUAUUCCGAAUUGCAUAAAAUUUCUACGAAGCAAGACCUCCCAUUGCCAUUGAGCGUUGAAAAUAUUUUUAUCUUUUACAAAUUGCUAGAAAUGAAAUCAUUCAUUAACAAAGGAUUAUUAGUAUUAUCGUUCAAUGUUCCGAUUGUUACUAAAGGAAAAUAUGAAAUUUAUGAAAUAUUAUCAGCACCAGUACCUCAUCAUGAAGAUCCAAUGUUAUUUUCAUAUAUUGAACCAAGUACACCUUAUAUUGUGAUUUCGAGAGAAAAAACCAAUUACUUUAAUUUGAAUACUUUAGAUAAAUGUUUCGAAACACUUCCAAAUAAUUAUUUGUGCAGACAUUUAUAUACUAUGAGGAAGACAAACAACAAUAAUCAAUGUGAAAUAAUAUUAUUCAAUGAAAGAGUUGAUGUUAUUCCGAAAACUUGCAAAAUCCAUAAUUUCAUUGCAGAACUAGAAAUUUGGCAUAAAUUAAGAAAUAAUCAAUGGUUUUAUAGUUUAUCUUAUCCAACACAACUAUCAAUUGUGUGCGAUGAUAAAUCCACAAGAGUUGAACAAAUCUCUCAAAUAGGCUUAUUUGAAUUAAAUCCAAAGUGUAAAGCAUUUACAAAAACAGUAAUUCUAGAAGUUCAAGGACAAAUUGGCAUAAGUGAACUGAUGAAUAUUUUGCCAUUCACAGAUAUUAAUGAAGACGAUUGUUGUAAAAACUUAAAGAAAAAUCUCACUAGAAGCAGUAAAAUUAGAACCAUUAAAAUUGAGCAAUUUAGAUCUUAGAGAAUUAAAAUAUGCCCAACAUAAAUUAUCAGAAUUCGAUGAACAAUUGCAGAACCAAUUGAAUAAACCAUUUAUAAUUAAACAUACGAAUUGGUUCACAACCAUAUUGUUGAUAAUUGCUUUUAUGAUAAUUUCCAUUAUAAUUUACAAAUGUUUGAAAUGCUUCAAAUUCAUAGACUUAUUCAGAAAAUGUUGCAAAUCAGAUAGCAGCAAUGAAAGAUGCCUUCCUUGUCUCCAAAUAUUUAAUAAUUGUAGUCAAAAACCCACUCAUGAAUUCAGUGUUUCAUUUAAAAACGAUAACUUUGAAUCAACUGAAUCCGAUUUAAAUGAUGAGAGUCAAUCACUAAAAUCAUUAAGAAGAUCACAAAGACUCAAGAACAUAAAAAUAUCAAGAAAUUAAUUCAGUACUUGACUCUAUGAAUAUUUUGUAUUGUAUAAAUUCAAUCUUCAUCAUUUCAUAUUUACAAAUUUUUGUUAAAUUAAGAAAGCACAAAAAUUUUAAAUACCCCCAGAGGUGUUGUAUACAAAAAAUCCCAUUAUUGUUACUAAAAAUAACUUUGCUGAAUAAGCAAUAUUAAAAUAAUAUAAAAGAGACUUCCUCAAACUGCGAAGCAGUUCCGCCCAGACCGUCAUACAGAACAUUAGUUCCGCCCAGACUGUCGUAUAGAACGUUAGUUCCGCUUAAGUAAUCAUACCACACGUAUCGCAUAUUGUAAUUCAUACGUACAUAUAGUAGCUCUAAGUACCAGUUAAGUGUAAAAGUGACCUGUAACCAUAACCAGUAAUAAAUCAAGUUAAGUUAAGUGCACAGUUUCAAUUCCAACGACCAUUCGACGAGUUUUGGUGUCUUCUCUAAAAAGCCACCUGGUGUCAGAAGAACCUUUUUAAAAACCCAAAAGUUCGCAGCAGGAAUACGACAAUAUACCUUUCCAUGCAAGAACUACUUGUAA